AAAGCAUUCGCAAAUCGCACAGCAGGCACGAGCCGGGCUUAAGCCAUAACCCACGCCCGCCGCACCACCACCACCUCUCCUUCGUACUCUUCCCCCCCAGUCCAGAUCGCGGAAAAUUUUCUAAGUGCAACGCCCCCCCGUGUCCCCUGACCUGUGCGGGGGCGAGAUCUGCUGCUGCGGCGGUCGCCGGAGAUGGCGUGCAUCAAGAGCGCGCAGCGGGCGGCGAUGACGGCGCUGGCGCCGGAGGCGCCGUACCUCGCCGCCGGCACCAUGAGCGGGGCCGUCGACAUGCAAUUCUCGGCCUCGGCCAACAUCGAGAUCUUCCGCCUCGACUGGAAGUCCGACUCCGCCGACCUGCCCCUACUGGCCGCGGCCCCUUCCCCGGACCGCUUCCACCGCCUCUGCUGGUCCCGCCCGGGCGCCGCCGACGGGGACUCGUUCUCCCUCGGCCUCCUCGCCGGCGGGCUCAGCGACGGCUCCGUCGCCGUGUGGAACCCGCUCAGCAUGAUCAGCUCCGAGGGGCAAGCGGAGGACGCCAUGGUCGCGCGGCUCGAGAAGCACACUGGGGCGGUUUGCGGAUUGGAGUUUAGCGAGCUCACACCGAAUCGGCUCGCUUCAGGGGCUGAACAGGGUGAGGUUUGCAUCUGGGAUCUCAAAAACCCCAGCGAGCCUGUCGUGUUCCCACCACUCAAGACUGUUGGCUCGAGUGCUCAAGCUGAAAUAUCUUGUUUAACUUGGAAUCCUAAGUUUCAACAUAUCUUAGCAUCAGCUUCUACUAACGGGAUGACAGUUGUCUGGGAUUUAAGAAACCAGAAACCAUUGACUAGCUUUUCAGAUUCAAAUAGGACAAAAUGUUCUGUUCUCCAGUGGAAUCCAGACAUGUCCACUCAGCUAAUCGUUGCGUCAGAUGAUGAUAACUCUCCUUCUUUGAGAGUUUGGGAUGUGAGGAAAACCAUCUCACCUGUACGGGAAUUUGUGGGACAUUCAAAAGGUGUAAUUGCUAUGUCGUGGUGCCCCUACGAUAGUUCUUUCUUGCUUACUUGUUCCAAGGACAAUAGAACAAUAUGCUGGGAUACUGUUAGUGGAGAGAUUAUCAGUGAGCUACCGACAAGCUCUAAUGGUAACUUUGACAUUCACUGGUACCGAAAAAUUCCAGGUGUCAUAGCAGCAUCGUCAUUUGAUGGGAAAAUUGGCGUACACAACUUAGAGUUCUCUAGCCUUUAUGCUGCUGGUGAUUAUGCUGUUGGUGCCCCAGCACGCCCAAGAGCUCCAGCACCAAAAUGGUUAAAAUGCCCCACCGGUGCAUCGUUUGGCUUUGGGGGUAAACUUGUUUCUUUCCAUCCGGCUGAAGGCGCACAGGUGGGUACUUCGGAGGUGCAUGUACAUAAUUUGGUGAUCGAGCAGAGUCUAGUAAGCCGGUCUACUGAAUUCGAAGCUGCUAUGCAGAAUGGGGACAAAAGUUCAUUGCGUGCUCUGUGUGACAAAAAAUCUCAAGAAUCUAUAUCUGAUGAGGACAGGGAAACAUGGAGCUUCUUAAGGGUUAUGUUUGAGGAUGGGGAUACUGCCAGGACCAAAUUGCUUGCUCAUCUUGGGUUCAAUCCACCUCAAGAACCAACCGCGAAUGCAACUGAUGAAUUGAGCAAAACAUUGUCUGAUACACUUAAUCUUGAUCACAGCCCACUGAAUGAUAGCACGGAAACCCAAUUUCUUGUUGAUAAUGGUGAUGAUUUUUUCAACAAUCCUCAACCUACAGAGACUAGCUUACCUGAGGAAUCUGUGUCUAGAAAUGGCCAACAGAUAGAGCAGGAGAUGCCUGGAAAUGUUGUCCCAUCUGACCCAUCAAUUGACCAAAGCAUUCAACAUGCAUUGGUAGUUGGAGACUACAAAGGGGCAGUUAAUCAGUGCCUUGCUGCGAAUCGUAUGGCUGAUGCUUUGGUUAUUGCCCAUGCUGGUGGUCCUGCUCUAUGGGAAAGCACAAGAAAUCAGUAUCUUAAGAACAGCAUCUCGCCCUAUUUAAAGGUUGUUUCUGCCAUGGUUGGCAAUGACUUGAUGAGUUUUGUGAGUACAUGGCCAUUGAAUGCAUGGAAGGAAACACUUGCGCUACUGUGCACAUUUGCCCAGAAAGAGGAGUGGAAUGUUCUUUGUGACACACUGGCAUCCCGACUUCUGAGUGUUGGUGAUAUGCUAGCAGCGACCCUUUGUUAUAUUUGUGCUGGAAAUAUUGACAAAGCUGUGGAAAUAUGGUCUCGCAACUUGAGGUCUGAAGAUGGUGGGAAGACUUAUGUGGAUCUUCUCCAGGAUUUGAUGGAGAAGACUAUUACUCUCGCCCUUGCUACUGGUCAUAAGAGAUUUAGUGCAUCUCUAUCUAAGCUUGUUGAGAACUAUGCUGAGCUAUUGGCCAGUCAGGGCCUUCUUAAAACGGCGAUGGAGUACUUGAAGCUUUUGGGAUCAGAUGAACAUUCACAUGAGCUAGCAAUACUGAGAGAUCGAAUUGCAUUUUCCACAGAAGAGAAUGCUGCUCCCAGGAGUUCUGUUCCAGAGAGAAUUAACAACAGUUCCUCCUACCUCCCGAAUCAACCGAGCUACACCACAGACCCUCCUCAGAAUCCUUACCAGGUGCCUCAACAAUAUAAUGUACCAAGCAAUACAUAUUCAGAAGUUUACCAGCCACAACCAAAUACAGCCUAUCCAAGUUAUGGCAGUGGAUAUCAACCUCAACAACCAACCCAUAUGUUUGUUCCUCGGAACACACCAGUGGACGCCCAGCCAAGUUCAACUCCAGUAUCCGCUCCGCAGCAAACAGUGAAGACAUUUACUCCUGCAAACUUGCCAGCUCUCAAAAACCCAGAGCAAUAUCAGCAAGCGAGUAGUACCUUGGCCUCCCAACUUUUCGCGGCUCCUGGAAAUUCAUCUUAUACAUCUGGACCACCCGCCCCGUUCCCAAGUGGACCUCCCACCACAUACCAUCAGCCUAUGCCUCCUGCUCAAUACCAGGCUGUUCCACCGGUCCCUUCUGUACCAGGAACAAACCCUAAUCAGAUGUUUACUCCUGCCGUUCCAACAAACUCAACUUCUAGGUUUAUGCCGCCAAGUAAUCAAGGUUUUGUUCAGCGACCAGGUUUGAGUCCUGCACAACCCUCAAGUCCAACACAGUCACAAGCACCCCCGCAGUCUGCUGUUGCCCCUCCUGCACCUCCACCCACUGUGCAGACAGCUGAUACAUCGAAUGUGUCAGCUGAGCUGAGACCUGUUAUUGCGACACUGACCAGACUAUUUGACGAGACAUCCAAAGCCAUGGGAAGCUCACAAGCUAAAAAACGUGAAAUUGAUGACAACUCGAAGAAGCUUGGAGCAUUAUUUGCAAAACUCAACAUGGGGGAUAUAUCUCCAAAUGUUUCGUCAAAGCUUAUUCAGCUGUGCGGUGCACUUGAUAGUAAUGAUUUUGCCACUGCGAUACAACUUCAGAUUCUUUUGACAACCAGUGAUUGGGAUGAGUGCAACUUUUGGCUUUCAGCAUUGAAGCGAAUGAUCAAGACCAGGCAAAACUUCCGAAUGUAAACCUGUGUGGCCUUCUGCCACAACUAGUUCUGUAUACACCUUUUUCUGAUUGUCAAAAUUGUUAGUGUUAGCAAGUUCGAUGGUUCGCCUGCACAGAGAUGUUAUCCCGCUUCAUGUGUUCAAUUCUGCUGAAGCUUGUUGGUGAAAGUGGUCUGUCAUUUGGGUGCCAUUACUUUUUGACGAUAGCUUUUCCAUGUUUCUUUCAGACCCAUGGGAUGUUGUUGGUUUUGAAAAUUAUAAGUUGUAAGAGUGUACUUAGUCUGGCACAGCUGGUCCAUUUUCUUUACCAUUGAAUUGUUCUGUUUGGACCUCUGAAAUACACAUGAUUAAUAGUAAGGGUACUGGCUUGUCUAUUGCAUUGGCA